AUGAUAAAAUUCAUACUAAAUUGCCUUCUGCUUGUACCUAUACUCCUUAUCUUCAUCUUAGAAUCUUUCGUGAAGCUUUUUAUUCCUAAGAAGAGGAAAUCAGUCGUUGGAGAAAUCGUACUGAUUACUGGAGCUGGACAUGGAAUUGGGAGACUGACCGCCUAUGAAUUUGCCAAACUUCAAACCAAACUCGUCCUGUGGGAUAUAAAUAAGAAUGGAAUUGAGGAAACAGCUGCAGAAUGCAGGAGACUGGGGGCCAAGACACAUGUCUUUGUAGUUGACUGCAGUAACCGAGAAGAUAUUUAUAGCACUGCUAAAAAGGUAAAGACAGAGGUUGGAGAUGUGAGUAUCUUAAUAAAUAAUGCUGGUGUAGUCUUCACAUCAGAUUUGAUGGCCACAGAGGACCUUCAUAUUGAAAAGACUUUUGAAGUCAAUGUACUUGCUCAUUUUUGGACUACAAAGACGUUUCUUCCUGCAAUGAUGAAGAAUAAUCAUGGUCAUAUUGUCACAGUGGCUUCGGCAGCUGGUCAUACUGUGGUCCCCUACUUGAUGGCUUAUUGUUCAAGUAAGUUUGCUGCUGUUGGAUUUCAUAGAGCUCUAACUGAAGAACUGGCUGCCCUAAGAAGAACUGGCGUCAAAACAACAUGUCUCUGCCCCAACUUCAUAAACACUGGCUUCAUCAAAAAUCCAAGGACAAGCUUGGGACCCACUCUAGAACCCAAGGAAGUAGUAGAAAAGCUGAUGCAUGGGAUCCUGACUGAGCAGAAGAUGAUUUUUGUUCCAUUCUCUGUAUGCAUCUUAACAAUAGUGGAAAGGAUCUUUCCUGAGCGUUUCCUGAGACUUUUAAGACGAAAGAUCAAUGUUAAGUUUGAUGCAGUUGUUGGAUACAAAGUUAAGGAACAAUAA